AUGACAAGUGUAUGGAAUGGAAACAGCAAUGAAAAUGAACGUUUAGUAUCACAUCGAUUGUUUGAUAAGCUAAAACCAUUUUGUAUUCAAUUGUCUCAAGAAGUUCUCCAACCACAAAUAAAUGAGUCCAAAAUCACAUCUUUAUUAACUUCAAUUGUUAAUGAAAUGGAGUUUGAAUCCAAGGUUGCAACAAAUACUGAGAUUCACUUCAAAAUACUACCUAAUGUUGCCGAUUACAUUUUUUUUCCAAUAUCGAAUCUAUUGAAACAAUCCAAUCUAAACGAUGCCAUCACACAGAAGAUAUUAAUACUUAUUGGACUUUUGAUUCAACAUUGUUGGAGUUAUAAUGUCAAUUACACCUUAUUCGAUCAAUUGUUUUCCCUAGUUUUGUUUUUGAGUGGCGCCAGCAAUUCUGGAUCUGCACUGGAGAUUAUUAAAGAGAAAUCAAUUCAAUUUCAACUGUCCACUAUAUUUGUAUUAUCCCAAUUGAUAAAUUCAUUGAGCAAACUUUACUUCGAAGAAAAAAAUAACAGGUUACAUUUUUUGAGUUCAACGAUUACACUUUCAUUGGAUGUCAUAACUUCUACCAGCUCAAAUGAUCAGGAGUCAAUCACUCUUUUGAGUCAAACCUUUGAAUUAAUUCGCAGCCUGUUACUUAGACUCAAUGAAGAUCAAGUUUCAAUCAUACUUCCUGGAAUUGUCUCUUCCUUGGCAAAGUUUACUUCUUCAAACUCCAACAUCAACUAUCAAUUACUCAUUCAAAUUUUAAGGUUGUUGACAUACAUUGUUACUUCGUCUUUUAGUGAUGAUGCUCUUGGCUCAGAAUUAAUUGUACCGGAAAUACACAGUUUGACAGAAAUUGAUGUUGUUUGGGAUGAUGAUGAAAGAACACUUGAUGGCUCACCACAAUCGUCAGAUGAGAUCAGAAUUACUGAGAGAGAUCACAGAAAUAUUGCAUGGUUAAGAGCAACUUCGAAACAAUUAAAAAUCACACUAGUCACAAUAUUCAAAUCCGUUUUAUUAAAUUCACGUAACAGACAGCGAUGGCAAACUAGAUCUGAUUUAUAUGACACUGUGGUGAAUUUCAAUACAUCUGUACUAAAGAAUUGCUUUAUAGCAUUGUACAAUGAGAUUCCGCCUUUAACGUUGGAUAUCUGCUCAAUUUUACUAUACUCAUCUAGUUACGAUGAACAAUUGGACUUUAAAAUAUGGCAGCUAGCUUCUCUUGUCGAUGAUGCAAUCAAUGACAAUGAAACAAAACUGAAAGCAUAUUUUGAACUCGUAAGAAAGAAGCUUUCAAGUUUGAUUAAUAACAAGCUAUCUGUUAUAGUUUUCUCAACUGAUGAGGACAAGAUAUCUAUGAAUCUUAUCGCUCUCAAAUUUCACUUUGCUGUUUUGAUGGAAUUAUCUAGGAAAUUGGAUCGUCAAUUCCAAGAGUUGAACAUUCUCAAACAUGAUUGCCUCAAGCUCUUGAUAGAACUUACUAUCGAUCAUGCCAAAAUUAGCAAUUCGAGCAGACUGUUGAAGAGUAGCAAAAACAGUUUACAAAUUACUACUGGUAAUGAAAAUUCGAAUACAAUGGAUAAUAUUGAGUUACCAAGUUAUAUUAAUGCGAAAAGUGUGAAAGCACAACAUGGUGAUAAUAAUAGGCAAAGAGACUUCAAUACACAUAAUAUUUUAACCUUAUCGCGUCAAUGGAGUAAGGGUCCUCCUCUUACAACUGAGAGAAUUGCAGUUGGGAUUGGCUCUACAUAUUUAGAGGGAAAAUUGAAAAAUCUAAUUUCAUUUAUAUCUGAAUUGAAAUCCAACCAAACCGGUACGGAUCUUGAAGAAAUAGAAAGCUUGUUGGACGAUUUUGAUGAGGAUACAAUAAGCAAAGGUGUCUCUCUUUGGUUUGCAACAAAUUUGGCAAAAAAUGGACUAUCAAAAUCAAUGUCGCUCGAUGUUAGUGAGUUCUUAAAUAUCGAAGAACCGAUGGAAGUUGAUAGUGAGGAAAAUGAGGUUUCAUUCUUGUUGCUUGUCAAAUCAUUAGAGUUGUUGAACAAUUUGAAUGUCUCGGAAUUGAGUAAUAUAGAAAAUGGUCAACUAGCGAAUCAAAUUUCAAUAAUAUCAUCGUUGGAAACAAUAAGUACUGUCGCCGGUACAAUAUCAAUAGAUGAAUUUAGGUCGAAUGUUUUAAUGGACCAUUUGCUAAGUAUCUUACAAGCAUUGACUUUCACAGACAAACCAAAUAUACAAUUGCAAGCUCAAAAAACAAUUCAGGACAUUGUCGACAUUUAUUACAAAGGUUCAAUACAAGCAAUGAUUAUGGACAACCUGGAUUAUUUAGUCGAUGCAAUAAGUUUACAGAUGAGUGUUGCAAGUAAUUUAACUCCUACGUUGCCAGGUAUUUUGAUGGUUAUUGUGAGGAUAGCUGGAAUACAACUAUUAGAAACAAAUCAAUUGACUGAUAUUCUUUCAGAUAUGUUUGUUAUUUUAGACUCCUAUCAUGGUUACAAUAAACUAGUUGAGAGCUUUUUUGUUGUGUUUGAGGCGUUAGUUGAUCAAAUUCAAAAUUUAUAUCUCAAAUUAUCGAAUGUAUUAAAAGUUGAGAACAAGAUUGAAAAUGUCUCUCAAUUCAAACCGUGGGGAAUGACUAACAAGGCACAACUAUUAGAGCUUUUGAGUGAUAAGAAAACGAUUGACCCAAUGGAGGAAUAUGACAGUAACAAAGAGUAUUUUAAAAGACCAGCUGACAAACCAUUCUCAGAAAUAGGGAAUGAUUCAGAUGAUGAAGAAGAUAACGAAGGAACCGAAAUUCAAGAGGAAGAAGAGAAAUGGACUUCACCAAUUCCAAAAGAAAUUUACAUUGUCCUUAAAAGAAUCUUUAAUUAUGGAUUUGUAUUAAUAUCUCAACCAUCAUUCACAUUGAAGUCUCAAAUAAUGAAAACCCUAAGAUUACUACUCCCUUUACUUUGUACCAAUUAUAAAUUACUAUUACCAAUGAUUGUGAGCAAUUGGCCAAUUUUAACCACACUCAUCUCCGGAGUCGAUUCACUAUCAACCACAUCCAGGGAGAACAAUUCAUUUUCAAGAGAAAAAAUUAAUUUAACAAUCGAAUCAUUAGAGUUUGUAAUUGAAAUUAUCCAACAAGAUUUCUUACAAGGCGAAUAUUUUUUCAGUAGAAAAUUUCAAGAUACUUGGAAUUUCGUAUCGAAUCAUUCAGAUUUAGUUAAAAAUGAAUCUCAAACAGUCUCAGAAGUUGUGUCAAAAGAAAUAGCUAUAUCUGAAAAGGCUAUAUAUACUUUACGUAUGAGUCCAAAAUUACGAGAAAAGCUUGUUGAAUUUUUAUUAACUGGAGCUCAAGUUUAUGAAAAAUCAAUACCGGAUGUAAUUAGAUAUUCCAUUAUAAAGCUUUGUUACAAACUUCAAAUUCCUCCACGAUUUCCAAUAUCAAGAGAUACGUUGUGUAUACUCGAAGUUUUAAAAACUAAUGUAGUUCAUUAA